AUGUCCGCAGUUCUCAACAACUUGGAAGUGAUCGUGCUCGAAUCCGAAGACUCCUGCAUGAUCGUCAUCAAGAAUCAUGAUGGUGGCGGUGUUUGGCAUCUCAAGUUGAGCAACUGGAAGUCCUCCAAUUCUUGUUGGGUCGAUGAUGAUUCCGUCCUUGGUGCGGACACGAAGGUUGGUAAGACGGAGAUAGAAGUGCUCGUCCUCCUCAAACACAUCAUCGUCGACAACAUCGAUGGUGACCUUCUGAUGUUUGUCUUCUGGGUAGAAAGUCAAAGUUCCCUUGACUGGAAUAUAAUCACUUCCAGCGUUGGCAGUUCCGUCUUCAGUAAAGUAAUCGACCAUGACAGUGAGACCUUCUGGUCCUCCAUCUCUGAAAAAACACAACAAUCUUAUAGAUCUGAGAAUAGAAAAAAAAACAAACCUUCCGACAACAACAUCAAAAGAUCCAACACUUUCAAGAACAGUGUAGUGAGCUGGAUCCAAGAAGAUCUUGCAAGUGUUGUCACGCAACUGCUUCUCUUGUGCCUGUACCAACUGAAAUUAGCCGAGGUGUUCAGAGAGUUAGGGUUAGUCCUUGCGAUGCACCACACUAUUAUGAUCUGA